AUGAGUUUAUUCAAAAGAAAUGGAGGUUUUGAUCAGAUUAAUAAAGGAGUUGAAAUAAAGAAAAUUUCUAUUAUAGGAGAUGUUGGAGUUGGUAAAACAGCAAUUGUCCACCAAUUUACCACUUAUAAGUUUGAAGAAAUUUAUGAACCAACAAUUGGAGCUAAUUAUUCAAGUAAAGUUGUAUAUGAUAAUAACAAAUAUAUUCGUUUGCAAAUAUGGGAUUGUGCAGGAAAAGAAAUGUACAAAUCUUUGGUUGAUAGUUAUUUGGAAAAUAGUGACAUUGUUAUUCUGGUUUUUGAUGAUCCAUUUUCAUUUCAACAUAGUAAAGAACGUCUUAAUAAAUUAGGAAUUAAUUCAUCAUAUUGCCAAAUUAUUUUUGUACUUAAUCAAAUUGAUAAAUUUCUUGAUAAAGAAUUAUCUCAUAAGGCUCGUCAAUUUACUACCAAAAAAGGUAUUCCAUUUUUCGAAACAAGUGCAUUGCAACGUAAAGGAAUUGAUGAACUAUUUAAUUCUAUUCUUUCUGGAAAGUAUGAAUCUUUAGAACAUAUCCCACAUUCUUCAAAACUUCAGAAAAGAUUGUGUAAUGAAGAGUUAGUAGUACUUCCAAAAGAUUCUUAUGGGUGCUCUUGUUUGAAGGUUGGGUUUUGUUAA